GUGGAAGCGAACUUCGAGAAGCGAGCGCCACGAAUUUUGGAGGAUUAUCACCACAAUGGAUUUAACUACGGAAGAAGGCUGUGAAGCAUCUUUUGGUCCACAGGAGUCCUUCAUCCACUUGGGUAGUGACAGCUUUGUUGCAAACAGACCUUGGAAGAUGACAAAGGACCAAAUCUUAAAUGAGAUUAAGAGAUGCCAGGAUAUGUUGAAAACUUGUGAAGGAGAUUGUUUAUCCUUGAAGGCAAACACAAGGGCAAAUGAGCAGGACUUGGUCAAAUUCCAAGAAGAAUAUGAGCUUCUCAAUCAAAAUCUUCUUGAAGCUGAAAAUGAGGCCCAGGCCCAGGAAGCCUCUUUCCAGAAAAUACUUCAAUCGGAAAAGAAGGAUUCAAACCAGCUAAAGCAAGAAAAACAGGCAUUGGAAAAUGAAUUGAAAUGUCUGGAGCAGCUCCAUGCAACCCAGGAAGAAAUUCUUAAGGUCCCAGCUGCUCUUCCUGACAGAGAAAUGGUGUUUAAAGGUCAUGUGGAAGAGGGAAAGAUGGAAAACUUCCCAGAAAUGCUGAGUUUCCUGCCCCAGAUCAGAUACCCUAUACUUGGGGGAUCAGCUCUCAUCACAUUUGAGGAUCCUGAAGUUGCCAGGAGAAUCAUCCAAAUAAAACAGCAUUGCAUUCAGCUAGAUGAAUUGAGCUACAUGCAUGUGAAAGCUGAAGCUGUGACAUUGUUGCUGCCCUCAUUAUUAAAGCAGAUCUCCCUGAAGCAGAGUUCCCAGCAAGUGCUGUUAUCUGGAUUGUCUGCUUUCUCUUUAUCCAAGGAUCAGCUCCACGACAAGCUAGUUCUGUUUUUCAGCAAACGGAAGAAUCAAGGGGGUGAGGUGGAUCAUCUGGAACAGCUCCCAAACUCGGAUAAUGUAGUGCUGACUUUUAUAGAUGAUGGAGUGGCUGAACGGAUUGUUGAAAAAGGGCUGUUCCAGGUAUUGCUUGGAAAGGAGACCCAUCAGGUCAAGGCAUCACAUUGCUUACAUGGGGAAAUUGCAGAUUUACAGCUCCAUCCUUCCGUCUGUCCUCGUACGGUCCUGCUGACAGAGAUUCCAGAUGUCCUAGAGAGGGAGAUGAUGUGUGAAGCUCUGGAGAUCCACUUCCAGAAGCAAAGCAAGGGUGGAGGAGAGGUGGAAGCUGCUGUGUACGUUCCAGCUGGACAUUAUGGAGUAGCUGUUUUUGAGGAGGAAGACUAAUUCUGCAUGCCAAAGCUAGAACAGAUGACAUUUCAUUUGUGAUACAACUGAAAAGAAGCGCAUGGAAUAUACUAAUAUUCCAGGGAAGCGGGGAUGAUGCUUUUUUAUUGCUUAAAUUGGGCACCUCACUUGUGGGGUGCCGCAGGGGUCGAUUCUCUCGCCUCUCCUGUUCAACAUCUAUAUGAAGCCGUUGGGCGAGGUCAUCAGUGGCUUUGGGGUGAGCUAUCAUCUGUACGCUGAUGAUACUCAGCUGUACUUCUCCACCCCAGGCCACCCCAGCGAAGCUGUCGAAGUGCUGUCCUGUUGCCUGGAGGCCGUACGGGUCUGGAUGGGGAGAAACAGACUCAGACUCAAUCCAUCCAAGACGGAGUGGCUGUGGAUGCCAGCAUCUCGGUACAGUCAGCUGC